GCAUGAGUGUUGACAAUAAAAUGCAAGUGGAAUUGGUCACAUUCAGUUUUUUUUGCUCUUAAAAAUACCAACCUAAUAUUGCAUUUCUUUUUUUUUGUGCUUCUGUGCUGCUAGCUCCGUGAUUUACUACUCAUCUCUUCGGUAUUCCGCUGCAGACGCCCGUGAUUUCCCUGCAUGCUGCGUUUGCCUGUAAGACAGAGCGGCUCUCAGUCAGGCUGACACGUCCAGGAGCGAAGCUGCAAAGGAGAGAGGGACGCAGCCGGCUCGUGCCGGGCAUAGAACGCGGCCCGGAGGGGGGAAGCGCGCCUGCGCGCGUCGUGAGGGCCGAAGGUGCCGUUGAAGGUGUCUCCGGGCUCGGGUGUGGGCGCGAGCCCGGGCACCGAGGUGACACAGGGACGGGGGGGAGUGCGAAGCCGUUCCAACCGACACCAGGCAGGCAGCAGGAAGGCACAGGCUGCGGAGAUGCCGCUGUUUACCGCCAAUCCAUUCGAUCAGGAUGUCGAAGAAAACAUCAGAAACAUACCAGAACUUUGAGAGUCGGGGUACAGAGGAGAGUGUGGUGGCCAUCGGAAAGAAGAUGAUACUGGGAAAUUGAAAGAUCUGAAGGUGGAUAAGUCUCCCAGUCGAGAUGGGCUACAUCCAAGAGUUCUGAAGAAGAUAGCUGUGGAGACAUUGAAGAGAAAGCAACCAGUGAGAUGAACACUGCAGAAGACUGGGGCCUCAUCCUAGAUAUCUGUGACAAAGUGGGACAGUCUCGUACUGGGCCAAAAGAUUGCUUGAGAUCUAUCAUGAAAAGAGUGAAUCACAAAGAUCCUCAUGUUGCAAUGCAGGCACUAACUCUGCUUGGAGCAUGUGUGUCAAACUGUGGCAAAAUCUUUCACCUUGAAGUUUGCUCAAGAGACUUUGCAAGUGAAGUGAGCAAUGUCUUAAAUAAGGGUCACCCAAAAGUCUGUGAAAAACUGAAAGCCCUCAUGGUAGAGUGGGCAGAGGAAUUUAAGAAUGACCCUCAACUUAGUCUUAUAUCCGCUAUGAUAAAAAACCUGAAAGAACAAGGAGUUACAUUCCCUGCAGCAGGUUCUCAGGCUGCAGAACAGGCAAAGGCGAGCCCUGCUUUGGUGGCAAAAGAUCCAAAUGUAACAGCAACCAAAAAAGAAGAGGAAGACUUAGCAAAAGCCAUUGAAUUGUCACUGAAAGAACAGCGACAGCAACAGACCAUUGUCUCUAAUUUGUAUCCGAGCACUCCGAGUCUUAUGACAAGUAAACCGGAAGGUCGUAAGGUGCGAGCCAUCUAUGACUUUGAAGCUGCAGAAGAUAAUGAGCUCACCUUUAAAGCUGGAGAGAUUAUUACUGUACUAGAUGACAGUGAUCCAAAUUGGUGGAAAGGUGAAACAUAUCAAGGGAUUGGAUUGUUUCCAUCAAAUUUUGUGACAGCAGACCUUACAGCAGAACCAGAGACAUUGAAAAUUGAGAAGAAAACUGUACAAUUUAGUGACGAAGUUCAAGUUGAGACACUGGAACCAGAGCUUGAACCUGUUUAUGUUGAUGAAGAAAAGAUGGAUCAACUAUUACAGAUGUUGCAGGGUGCUAAUCCCACAGAUGGUCAACCAGAUUCACCAGAACUGCUUCAUCUCGAAGGUAUCUGUCACCAAAUGGGACCACUCAUAGAUCAGAAGUUAGAAGAAAUUGACAGGAAACACUCUGAACUAUCGGAUUUAAACGUGAAAGUAAUGGAGGCUCUAUCCUUGUAUGCUAAGUUGAUGAAUGAUGACCCAAUGUAUUCCAUGUAUGCUAAACUCCAGAGCCAACAGUAUUACAUGCAGCCAUCUUCUGUAGCAGUUUCUCAGGUAUAUACAGGACAGCCUCCAAGUGGUGCGUAUGUAAUAUCUGGAACACCCCAGAUGGCUUCAGGCCAGGGAUACAGUAUUCCAUCAGAUCAAAUUCCAUCACUUAGUCAAGCUGGUCUGCCACCAACUGUCAGUUCAGCCCUAUCCAGCCAGCAAGCUCCAACAUCUUACACCAAUGCAGUGGACAGUACUGUGACUGCAAAUACAUACCUAACGCAAGCACCUGUCUGCAGUCAACCUGCCCCUUCAAAUGUUGAUAUGUCUAGUUACCAGAAUACUGGCCUAAAUGGACAGCAGAUGCCAAACUACAGUGUUGCCUCAGCGAGCCAUGGCCAACAGUCCACCAAUCAGCAACAAUCUCCUUACUCACAGAAAGCACUUCUAUAGGAAAUGUGAUCUCUCUCUCUUAUCCAUCUUAUCCUUGACAUCGGCUAGGAACAAAUAGGUAGUAGUGCAAUUUACAGGAAUUGAAAAGUCAUCAAUUUGCGCAAACUGCACCGAACAUUUUUUUUAAAAAACAGAACCACCUUGUGCUGAAGGAAUAUGAAUGGUAACCUACCCCGAUCAAAUGUUAUGUUCUCACAAUGACUGCAGCUAUUUAUGAUGAACAUGAUUUCCUGUUUUGUAGGAAAAUGUGGGACUGGUUGUUAGUUUUGUGUACAUGCAUUGGUUUACUGCAUUCGUGCUAAAUUUGAUAGCUUUGAGUAAAUGUGUGAACAUGAACUGUUGCAGUUGGUUUAGAAAUUAAUUCAUGGUGGUUUUAAAUUUAGAUUAUCAAAUUUUUGUAGUAAUUUUAAGUUAUGUAUGUAUGUUAUAAAAUCUUGCUUUUUCCCUAUGAUGUGACGAAUGAAAUCUAUGUAGUCUCAUUUUGCACUUUGUCAAAAGUGACCUCCCAAAUGCCUGCAGUGAUCUUUCUCCUUUGGACCAGAGCAGCUGCCCGAGUAAAUAAGCUGUUAGAUUGCUUUAUGCAUUAAUUUUACUGCCUUUUCACCCCAGUAAGUCCACUUUAGUGUUUAAAAUAGAAACUUUACUGCUAGCAGUAUUUUUUUUAAAAAAACUUUACAUGCAGUAUACAUUUUUUAAUUUCUCAGUGGAAGGCUAGGAGACCUAUUUAUGAGCCACUUUGCAACUAUAUGCAGCUUAAAGUUCAGCAAUACUCUUCUGAUUUCCUCAUGCUGUUAUUUCCUCAGGGUUCAGGCAGCCAAUUGCUAUUGUGAUUAAAAAAUAUUUAAUUUCUAGAAGGAAGAAACUAUUCUACUCCAAGGUAAAAUAAAUGUGAUGAAGUCCAAAAUGAAAACUGGAAUGGCAAUAUAAAGCUGCUGGGGCAUAAACUUCUUGUCAGACAUAUAAUUUCGUUUUUCUCUCUGGUAGUAUGAUGUGGUGUGUGAAAUUUCUUUUAACAUAUCGCUUGAUAUUUUACCGCCCAACUUUAAAACCCCAGCUUUGAAGCAAAAGCUGCUGUUCAUUCCUGGCCAUAAUUGGAAUAAACUGUGUGGAAUGAAAAAUUUGAAUCGAGAUUGUGAGAUCUGAUAGCUUCUGCAAUUAUGGUUGAAAAAGUUUAGAGUACUAUUCGAGAACUUAUUAAAAUUUAUAUGGUGUUAUUUAUGUUCUAUCUUUUUCUUGACUGACUGUCUAAUAAUUGUAUUAAAAGGGUUUGAGUGCUAUGGCUAUGAAGACGUGUGGCAAAUUUUUCCAUGGUCUUCAGAAGUCAACAAUUUUAUGCUCAAAUGUGGCUAAGUGUAUGUUCACUUAACUACAUAAUUCUGAAUACAUCGUCCAAUCAAUGUUCAGAGACCGGGCAUAUAGUCCAGUGAAGGUGGCCUGUCAAAGUUGGCGGACCAUUAGCAAACCCCCCCCCCCCCACUACUUGGAAUGAGCAGCAGGAUGCUGCAUUGGGUGAGCAAGGGAGGAAAAUGGAGGAUCCAUUUAUAUUUAAAUGUAAAAUAAAGAAAAGGUCUUUGCAGCCAGUCCACUCACCAAAAUGCAAAUAUAACUCUUCUAUAGGGUGGCCUGUGAUUGCUGCUGAACGCAGGCAAACAUGAAGAGAACAUAUUUGAAAUCCUCAUCUCACCUCCACCAUCCUGCCAAUCAACUGCUGAGUACUGUAUCCAGAUAACGGCAUGUUCACCACUCUCUGUGGUGACAUAGAGACCAGAUGGAAAGUUCUCCUCUGCUGCUAUUACUUGCACACUCAGCAGACCUUUGACAACUGGUGUUGCUACAGACUGAACUUGGCCAGUUUCAGUUUGUAGGCAAGCAGCCUUGCAGCACCCAUCCCAAAUCCUGCCUUGAGGAAAAUGUCUCCAGGCGGGUUAUGGAGCUAGGGAACUGUAUGAAGACCAGUGGCACCCAACUCCACACCUUUCCAAGUCUGCUCCCACCCCCACUGGGAUGGCAACAGCACAUUAAAAAAUUCAUUUAAAAAUUGAAGAUCGGUUUCAUUUACAGCCUUCAUUAGGAGUAUUGUUUUUGUAUUCAGUGCAUUAGUGGACUUGCUGGUAAUUUGGAGCAGGACAUUCAGACGUGUGUGUUACGAUCUUCUUUUUAAACCAUGUUUGGAAACUUUUUUUUAAACAAAAGGUAGUUGUUUGUCGUCGUCUUUGACGCUAGAGUUUCUCUCCUUUUUAAGGCACUACCUUCAUGAAAAAAGUAGUUGAUGAGACCUUGUUUUGGAAGGAACCAAACCAGUGCAGUUUAGCAAAAAUAUUGCAGUCAAGUGACUCAGUAAUUUAAUCUCCAACAUAAUUAUUCAUUCUGUUUGCAGGUGAUUUUGGAAAGAUGGUGUUGUUCAAGCUUACAUGAAAAUGGCACUCCUUUGACUUAGUACUUUAAACUGGAGGUGUGAUAUUUGCAAAUGUUUGUUGUAUUUAAGCUUUUUAAAUGUCUUAAAAUAAAUAUUUUGUUAGGUUUUCUAAUGUUCAAAAUGAUCACAUUGUUUGCUCAUUCCAAUGCCAUACAAUGUCCAAUGUAAUUUAGUUGGAAAUGUGUGUUGAUUAAUGUGCAGAUUAACAGAUGUAAACAUUAAGAUUUUUUUUCUAAAUUCACAAAAUAGUUACACUAAUGGUCCAUAAUUCUACAAAUUCAGUUGAAUGUUCAUUUAACACGAAUCAGAGAACACUACAACGAUAAUUAAUUUGUGCUCUGUUGUCCAUGUGUGCAAAUUAUUUUGGAGGGGAGUUAUAAGAAAAUAAGCAAAGAUCCACAUAUUAAAUGUGAAAACACUUGUGCUCAAGAAUGCUGAAGUAUGUUUCAACAAAAUUUUACAAGUUUGAAUUUAAGAAUAAGAUGUAAAAUGACUAAAUCUUAUGUUAGUAUUAACUUUGACUUGUUAGCUUUCAAAUAACUCGUUAACAGAACGGCUGAAUGCGAAAAUUCUAAGACCAUGUCAUACCAUUUCUUAUUCUACUGCAUGUCCUGAGUUUAAAAGAAAAGAGGAAAAAAAUGUUGAUUAUCUUCAUUGGGAGAUAAUUUCACAGUUGACCUGUGAUCA